GGCGAACUUUCUGACCAAGUAUACAACUACCCAGAGGGCCUAGGAGAAGUGCUGUAUAGAGAGCAGUUCGACUUCAACGCUGAGCCACCUUGGGAACCUAGCUGAUGAUAGGGGGGUUCCAUCUCCUGACUUGUCCAUUUUGUUGCAUAUUCUAAGGACCCAGACAUAGGCUUGGUGGCCCGUCUCUUGUUUUUCCUGGUUUAUGACUUUCGGCUUUGUGGAAUACGGCUGAGAUGAAAGGAUUUAUUGACGAUGCAAACUACUCCGUUGGCCUGUUGGAUGAAGGAACAAACCUUGGAAAUGUUAUUGAUAACUAUGUUUAUGAACAUACCUUGACAGGGAAAAAUGCAUUUUUUGUGGGAGAUCUUGGAAAGAUUGUGAAGAAACACAGUCAGUGGCAGAAUGUGGUGGCUCAGAUAAAGCCAUUCUACACAGUGAAGUGCAACUCUGCUCCAGCUGUACUUGAGAUUUUGGCAGCUCUUGGAACUGGCUUUGCUUGUUCCAAUAAAAAUGAAAUGGCCUUAGUGCAAGAAUUGGGUGUCACUCCAGAAAACAUUAUUUACAUAAGUCCUUGCAAGCAAGUGUCUCAAAUAAAGUAUGCAGCAAAAGUUGGAGUGAAUAUCAUGACAUGUGACAAUGAAAUUGAGUUGAAAAAAAUUGCACGUAAUCAUCAGAAUGCCAAGGUCUUACUACAUAUUGCAACAGAAGAUAACAUUGGCGGUGAGGAGGGUAACAUGAAGUUUGGCACUACCCUGAAGAACUGUAGGCAUCUUUUGGAGUGUGCUAAGGAACUUGAUGUCCAAAUAAUUGGAGUUAAAUUUCAUGUUUCAAGUGCUUGCAAAGAAUCUCAAGUAUAUGUACAUGCUCUAUCUGAUGCUCGAUGUGUGUUUGACAUGGCUGGAGAAUUUGGCUUUACGAUGAACAUGUUAGACAUUGGUGGAGGCUUCACAGGAACUGAAUUUCAGUUGGAAGAGGUUAAUCAUGUGAUCAGUCCUCUAUUGGAUAUCUAUUUUCCUGAAGGAUCUGGCAUUAAGAUAAUUUCAGAACCUGGAAGUUACUAUGUGUCUUCUGCAUUUACACUUGCAGUUAAUAUCAUUGCUAAGAAAGUUGUUGAAAAUGAUAAAUUUUCCUCUGGAGUAGAAAAAACCGGAAGUGAUGAACCAGCUUUCAUGUACUAUAUGAAUGAUGGUGUUUAUGGUUCUUUUGCAAGUAAACUGUCUGAGGACUUAAAUACCAUUCCAGAGGUUCACAAGAAAUACAAGGACGAUGAGCCUCUGUUUACAAGCAGCCUUUGGGGUCCAUCCUGUGAUGAGCUUGAUCAAAUUGUGGAAAGCUGUCUUCUUCCUGAGCUGAAUGUGGGAGACUGGCUUAUCUUUGAUAACAUGGGAGCAGAUUCUUUCCAUGAGCCAUCUGCUUUUAAUGAUUUUCAGAAGCCAGCUAUUUAUUACAUGAUGUCAUUCAGUGACUGGUAUGAGAUGCAAGAUUCUGGAAUUACUUCAGACACAAUGAUGAAGAACUUCUUCUUUGUGCCUUCUUGCUUUCAGCUGAGUCAAGAAGACAGCUUUUCCACUGAAGCUUAAACAGGCAUUAAUGCUUCUUUAGAUCUGAAGUUGCAGGUUAAGCUUGUCUGGUCUACAUUCCAGUGUGGAAAAAAAAAUCAGUUUCAUCCUGUUAAUUCUCUCGGAAACAAAAACUAUUAGUAAUAGCUGUUUGGGACCAGACGAAAUCAGCUUUCAUCUAUAAUUCAUUGGGGGCAUUGGGAAAUUUAGAUAAUGUAUCCAAAUUUAAAUUUAUCAGUUUGUCCUACCCCUUAAGCAUUUAAAAUAAAAUAUGCAACAAAAUGGAUGACUUAGUGGAGAUGGAAGCCCAUUAAUUGGGUUCCCCAUUAAACCGCUUACAUACAAGUACACAGUUUUUAUACUAAGGAUUUGUGUUAAAAGUCUUGUAAUGUCUUUCACCCAGAUAUAUCAAAUAUCAGUGAAGGACCAGUGUGACUUCAUUAGAUACGUUUAGUGUAUUUAGAAUGUGUAAAUUUGUGCUUUGAACUGUAGUUUAAUAAAUGUAAAAUUGCAUCAUAGUAUUUGUUGUAUUUGACCUAAUGUAACCCUUGUAUGAUUGCAAUAAAAUUUUGUGUAGAUUUUACUGUUAUUUUUUUUUUCAGGCUAAAACUUUUGGGAAAGGGGCUAGCUAGCAAAGGUAGUUUUGAAAUAGAUGUGUAUAUGGACUGUUUUGAAGGUUAUUUUUCUUUAUUGCCCAUAUAAGUUUAGUUUGGCUCAAUUUUUUUUUUCAUUUAUUUAACAAGUAAUUUAAGUAAAGUGUUUGGUAAAUCAUUGUGAAAUCAGAUUCAUCAUGGAGAGUUGAUGUGCAGCAAGCAUGAUGUUUAACAAUUUUAACACCAAAAAUGUUAAUCCUGCAUAAGCGAAUUGUAAUAAUUAGUAGGUGUUUCUGUAUAGAUAGACUGCAUAGAAUACCUUAGUAAAUCUUUGCAUCACAAAUCUUUUGGCUGAAAUGGAAGAUUCUAUUAAAUACUUUGAUAAACUUGGGGGGAGGGAAAUAAAAUUGCAGAGAACUGCAGAGCACUAAAAUGUAAAGAAGGGCUGCAUCUGUAUCCAGAAUCCUGACGCUCUUUUGCACGGAAUAUUUAAUUCAGAGUUGGAGGGGGGUGAAGCACAC